UCGUGGGUGGCACGUGAUAGCACUUCCCUCUGUCGCGAUGACCACGUGAUAAAUUAUAACCAAUCGGAGCGCUUGUUUGCCUCCGCAAACGGAACGUGUAACACAAACCUCCAGCUGUGUUUUAUGUUGAAGGAAGGCGAGCGUCAUAGUGGAAUAAUCAAAGAGAAACACUUAAAAUAUUGAAAAAAACAGGAUCGAACAUCUCUAGAUGUUAAUCGAUAUCGUGCGAACCGAACGUCGUGGAGAGCAGGUUACUUCGUGUAAGUCGGUGUUGUUGGUCUGGCGGAAUGCGCUGAGCAGAGAGGCGUAACUACAUAAUUUUUUUCCCGUCAGUUACAUCAUCAUCUGCAUAUGAAUAGGAGAUUCUAUGGAUGUGAGAUUACUGGGCUGAGGAUGCUAGGAUGUUCAAAAAUGUGUUCGGCUCUGGAUUCCUCGUGAGGACGGCGCACGUGAUCCUGACAUGGGUCAUCACGCUUGUGCUCUUCCUCUACGACACAGACUUGCGCAGACACGAGGAAAGUGGUCAGCUCGCGCAGCCUGUACUCUUCGUGUUGCUUGUGCUCGUGUCCGUGCUGCUCUACUUCGCCGUGUCACUGAUGGACCCUGGCUUUGUCAUGUCUGAAGAGGGUGAGGGCAAGUUUGGUCUGGGGAUCACUGAGGAGACCCAGGAUAUGAUCCCUCACACAUCCAAGACUUUUCGACAGCGUCGCUGUGGUCACUGCCUUGUCCAGCAGCCAAUGAGAGCCAAACACUGCCAGGCCUGCCAGCACUGCGUGCGACGCUAUGACCACCACUGCCCCUGGAUUGAAAACUGCGUGGGUGAGAGGAACCACCGCUGGUUUGUGCUCUACCUGGCUGUGCAGCUGGUGGUGCUGCUCUGGGGCCUGCAGGUGGCCUGGUCGGGAUUUACCCCUGCCCCUGGCUGGCAGCAGUGGCUGAGUAGGAAUGGUGUCCUGCUGGCUGCUUCUUCACUGCUCGCCUUGUUCUCCAUGGUGGUGUUGCUGCUGCUGGGCUCGCACCUCUACUUGAUCUCCCUCAACACCACCACCUGGGAGUUCAUGUCACGUCAUCGAAUCUCCUACCUCAAGCACUGUGGUGCUGAUGAGAACCCCUUUGACCGCGGGACACUUCGGAACCUGUGGGCCUUCUUUUGUGUGUGGGGCUCUGUUGUCUGGGAGCAGAUGUACUUUACAGAGGGCAGUGAUUCUGUGUAACCCUGUACCUCUUUAAACCAUACCCCUUCACCUUGGCUGGUUCCAGGCUGUGCCCUGAGUGGGCCACAAGACACUGCAGCUCAAGUUCAGGAGCUGAGUAAGAUAGAAGUUUUCUACAUCUUAUGACAAAAGCUAUUGAUGUGACUCUUGUCCAGAAUUUAUUUUCCCCGCACAGCUCCUGGUUUUUCAGUAGAUUUUUGUAAGGGACACUUUCAGUGGUAUCAUAACAUACUACACUCCUUGUUUUUUUCCUCAUCUCCGUGCACCCCGGGCUCUAAUCCUUUCAGGAAACCGAAAUCAAAGUCUCAAGGUUGGGGGUGAUACAACCUCAGGACUUCAGCAUUGUACUGAGUGUACAGGCAGUGCUCUGGGUUCAUUGUUCUACGGUUUUAUUUGUUCCUGAAGCACAGCACUUCUUUGCACAGCUCGUUUUACAAAUGGAUGGAAGACGUUCAUUUACAUUUUAGCACACGGUUGGAUGUCAGUUUGCAGGGAGGAGCUGUUCGUCCGCCAAAAGGGACUGUGAAAUGCUGACUGAUUCUGGGGCUGCAUGCUGCCAGCUGCCUGACAAAGGAGGUGUCUGAAUGAUCGAAUGUCUUAAUAGCUGCUUUUUUUAGGGACCGAAGGAGCUCGUUACUCUUGUUUCAAAGGGGUUGGACUUGUAACCGAUUUCCAUCCAAGAACUUGGUGCAGUGACCUGCAGUUGACCUACCUGGCCUUGUCAGAUGUAACACUGCAAAGGGAGAGCGUUUUCCAGCCUGACCAUCAGAGAUUCUGCACGUGAACAUUUUCUGUCCUUUUAAAGUAACCAUACCUGUCUUUCAUCCCACAUGGGAUAAGGCUGUAUCAAAGUUAUAGGUAAUAAGGUGCACAUUUGAUAACAGCUUUAUUAUUUGAGGGUGCUUCAUAUGCAGCUGAUGGGACCAGUUGACAAGUUGGUGUGGUGUCAUGGUUGUACAUUUCCUGGCAGUUGAGAACAAAGCUUAUAAAUACAGGGUAAUUUCUAUGGCAUCUCUUUUGUAAAUGUUAAUAUUUAUAAACGCAAGCCAUUUUUUCCCCCUUGUGUACUAGAAGUGCUUCCAUUUCAGCAGAAGUCAUUUUCAUGUCAGCAUGAGACUUUUCCAUUGUUAGCUUCCUGUAUACUACAGAUUGACAACAGGUGCAAUGCAUUAACCCCCCCAUAGCUAUGGGUGUAAACUGUUUAAUGUAGAAAAUUAUGUAUGAAUGAACUUAGGCAAUAACUUUUUUAAUCACUUUUCUGUACUGCAGUUUAAAUUGUGACUCUUACCAGCCAGUUUCCUACAUCUCUUAGAAAUUCUAAGGUUUACUGCAGUUUAGAUUAUACAGUUAUAGAAGUUUAUGCAAUAUUUUCAUGUUAACAGUAUUUA